AUGCCUUCAAACACCUCAGCCAGUAUGUUCGGUGGAGCCGGGGGAAGGGGCUCCAGGGUGUCCGUGGCGAGUCUGGAGGGGUUGCGCAAUGUGCUGCGCAACGACACGGAGAGAGACUCGGCUCCGGCCCCUGCAGCCCCCCUCGCUCCGGCCGUGCCUGUUGUCCCCGCGGACGACAAGAAGACUCUGCGGGGUCUGAACGACCGUCUGUCCGGGUACCUGGGCCUGGUGAGGCAGCUGGAGCAGGAGAACGGCGACAUGGAGAAGCAGAUUGAUGCGAUUUUGACCAAGAGGAAAACACCUGAGGGCCGCAACUGGGAUGAGGUGGAGAAGCCACUGGACAUCCUCAAGAAGCAGAUCAAGGAAAUCACCAUCGACAAUGCCAAGCUGCUGCUCCAGAUCGACAACACCAAACUGGCUAAUGAUGACUUCAAGAACAAGCUGGAGGAUGAGAAGAAUGGAAAGAGGGAACUGGAGAAUGACCUGGAGGAUCUGAAGAAGACCAUCGAGGACACCGGGCUGAACCGCAUCCAGACCCAGAAAGAGAUCGACCUGGUGAAGGAAGAGCUCGACCGCCUCGAGAAGGAACACAAAGAGGAGGUGUGUGCCCUGCGUGAGAAGAUCAAGGACUCCGAGGUGACAGUGGAAAUCGAGUCCCAGGACUCCAACCUGGCUGAGAUGGUUAACAACAUCCGCGUCCAGUAUGAUAAACUAGCAGAGAAGAACCUGAAGGAAACGGAGGACUGGUACCAAAACAAGUUUGAGACCAUCAAGGUGGUGGAGGCACAAAACAACGAGGACCUGAACUCUGGGAAGUCCGAGCUCAGAGACCUGCUCAAACAGAAACAGUCUCUAGAGAUCAAGCUCCAGGGAGGACACAGCAAGAUCCGUCAUCUGGAGGAGGCCGUUGCCCUCACCAAAUUUGAGAACGGCCAGCAUCUGGCCCCUCUCAACAAGGUCAUCCUGGAUCUGGAGGCCGAGCUGAAGGAGGUGAGGGCCGAGGUGGAGCGCAUCGUGAGGCACAACAAGGACCUGCUGUGUGUGAAGAUGAAGCUGGAGGCGGAGAUGGAUAACUACCAGAGGCUGAUUCAUGGCAUUACAGCCGACCCUGCAGGGUGA